CCACGGGCGGCAGCUGGCGGGGCGCUGGGCGGGAGCGGAGGUGGCUGCAGGCAGCGGAGCGCUGCGGUGCCAGCCCUGCUGCCCGUGUCCCGGCUGGAUGCAGCUGGUGCCAAUGUGGGAGCGCUGGGAGCAGCGAGUGGGCAGCGUGUGAGCAGCCCUGACAUGGCCCAGCUCGGCGGGGGAACAGGGCAGGAUGCUGCGGCUGCAGGAGGGGGCUGGCCGGACCCAGGCCCCGCGGUGAGGAACGGCAGCACGGAGCCCUCCAGCAGCACAUCCCACCCUAAGCAGGGCUGUGCCUGGACCCCCUGUCCCGAGGGCACCGAGGAGCCGCUGCUGCUCCCCACCUUCUCGCCCGCCGCCCAGGCCCGCGUGGCCGCCACCUUCGUGCUCUUCGUGCUCUCGGCCGGCUGCAACCUGGCGGUGCUGCGGGCGGCGGGGGGCCGGGGGGGCGGCGGGCGCUCCCACAUCCGCCUGCUGCUGCGGCACCUGGCCGUCGCCGACCUGCUGGUGACGGUGGUGGUGAUGCCGCUGGAUGCCAUCUGGAACAUCACGCUGCAGUGGCGGGCGGGCGACCUGGCCUGCCGCCUCCUCAUGUACCUGCGCCUGCUGGCCAUGUACGCCUCCGCCUUCGUCACCGUCGUCAUCAGCCUGGACCGGCAGGCAGCCAUCCUGCGCCCGCUGGCCAUCGCCCGUGCACUCCGCAGGAACCGUGCCAUGCUCCGCACCGCAUGGGUGCUCAGCGCUGCGCUCGCUGUGCCGCAGCUGUUCCUCUUCCACACCGUCACCCUGCACGCCCCGCACAACUUCACGCAGUGCACCACGCGCGGCAGCUUCCCGCAGCCCUGGCACGAGACCCUCUACAACAUGCUGAGCUUCGCCUGCCUCUUCCUGCUGCCGCUGCUCAUCAUGGUGUGCUGCUACGCACGCAUCCUGCUCGAGAUCUCCCGGCGCAUGGGCUCCGGCCUCUUCUCCUCCAGGGACGUGCCGCUGCGGUGCUCUGGGAGCAACAUCCCACGGGCACGGCUGCGCACGCUGAAGAUGAGCCUGGUCAUUGUCUUCUCCUUCAUCCUCUGCUGGACCCCCUACUACCUGCUGGGGCUGUGGUACUGGUUCUGCCCACGGGCCAUGCAGCAGAAGGUCCCACCGUCCCUCUCCCACAUCCUCUUCAUCUUCGGCCUCUUCAACGCCUGCCUAGACCCCAUCACCUAUGGGCUCUUCACCAUCCCCUUCCGGAGGCGCUGCAGCUGUCCCUGCGGGCACAGCCCUGAGCCUGAGCCGCCCUCCCCAGCCACAGGUUCCUUCCACUGCUCGGCCUCAUCCCUGCGGGGCAGGCAGGGUACGGGGGGCACAGAAGGGCCACAGCCACCCAUCGAGCUGGGGCUGCCCACCGGGGCUGGCUCCUGCCAGAGCAGCGUGCUGUGAGCUAGGGCAGCCUGACACCUUGAGGAUGGCACAGGGUGCACUGAGAGCAGCAAGGGCACAACAGUGAGGGCAAGUGGUGGAGGCUCUGCUGCUCCAAAACGCCUCUGUGAGAGGUAGAGCAGAGCUGCUCCUGCAGCCAGGUGGGUGUGAGCCACCCCCUUCCCUCUCUGUACCCAUUUAUGUUACAUGCUGGAGCGGAACGCAGCAAUAAAGCAUCCUGUGGCCA